AUGCCCUUAUGGUGUUGAACACACUGGGUCUACCUCCAAGGCACUGGGCUGUAGAUCAUCCUGACCACUCACUGCUCCUCACCCAGGGAUCUUUUAUAAGGGCUUUUUGGGGUAUCUUUUAACUUAAAAAAAAAAAAAAGACAAGAAAAUGGCACCGAAGAAAGACGCCAAGAAAGCAGCAGCGCCUGCUCCAGCCCCUGCCCCAGCGCCAGCCCCAGAACCAGUAAAGCCCAAGGAACCAGCAAUUGAUCUCUCCAGCAUCAAGAUCGAGUUCUCCAAGGAUCAACAAGAUGACUUCAAGGAGGCAUUCCUCCUCUUUGACAGGACUGGUGAAAGCAAGAUCACCCUAAGCCAAGUCGGAGAUGUCAUCCGUGCUCUGGGUCAGAACCCCACUAAUGCUGAGGUCAAGAAGAUCCUGGGAAACCCUAGUAAUGAGGAGAUGAAUGCUAAGAAAAUUGGCUUUGAAGAGUUCUUGCCCAUGAUGCAAGCAGCUGCCAAUAAUAAGGACCAGGGUGGCUUUGAAGACUUCGUUGAAGGUCUACGUGUCUUUGACAAGGAAGGCAAUGGGACAGUCAUGGGUGCUGAACUCCGUCACGUACUGGCCACUCUGGGUGAGAAGAUGAAGGAAGAAGAAGUAGAAGAAUUGAUGAAAGGGCAGGAAGACUCCAACGGCUGCAUCAACUAUGAGGCAUUUGUGAAGCACAUCAUGUCAAUCUAAAUGGACUUAUGAAGACACACAAUUUGAACAAGAUCAGCAGGCACUUGAGAUUUGCAUAUCUAGGAAACCAGUAUUCCAUCCAGUAAUAUCGCCCUGGAACCUAAAAGGACUGUAAUAUAUGCCUCCCAACCACCCCUUUUUUUAAAGCCAUCAGCAUGAGACGCCAAUUGAAUCUCAAAAUUUUUACACUUCACAGAUAAAACACUUGCUGAGGCCAGUGAGAAGGACUACAUUGCCACAGCUGUCAAGCCCAAUAAUCUUUUUUUCCCCCCAUAUUGUCUGCCAUGGAAGCAAUGUAUGCUAUUCGAAAGAGAGAAAAGAGAGAAUCUGACAAUAAAUCCCUGUGGUCAGUUUA